AUGGGAGCGUUAUGGUUUAUACGCUAUUACCAGGCCCACAAGAAGAAAAGAGAAGAGGAUGCUUCAAAGUGUUCUUCCACCCUAUCUGUUUGGUUAUGUCCUACUACUAGUACUACUACAACUAAAAGUACUAAUGUCACAUCUACAUCUAGUACUGAAACUAGACCAAUAAUUGCCUCAGUCCCAGGAAAUGAGAUUGAAGAGGAAGUUACAGCUCAAGAUAACGCUGAAGAAAGUAUUGAUGAAGAAGUAACAUGCCUAGGGCUAGGGCAUCAACAAGAAAAUUGUGCCAAACCUCCAACAAGUCCUACGUCAAGCAGUGAACUGAUCGGCGUAAAUGAUCAAGUGGAAUGUAGCCGGACGAAUAAAAUUAAUGAAACUUUUUUAAACACCGGAGAACCCCAUUUUCCAGACCAGAUCAUCGAUCCAGAGGUGAAAAAACGAAUUAUUGAAUUAGGACUAGGACCCUAUCAACCAGUUGGCCCAUUUCCAUAUGAUGGAAAACAAGGUAGGUCCUUUUCAGACAAUUAUUUUACCCUGAAGUCAAAGUCUGGGCUCAAACUGAAAAGAACUUGGUUGUGCUAUUCGUCCAAAUUGGAUUGUGUUUAUUGCCAACCUUGCUGGUUGUUUCCCCAGAAAGGACCUGUAGUAGGAUGGGAUUCAGGAUUAAGGGACUGGAAACAUUUGUCUGAUCGCAUAAAGACACAUGAGAAUUCACAGCACCAUGCUGAUUCCUGCUUGGUUUAUGAGCAAUGGCGACGUCAUGGCUCAAUAGACGAUGCACUAGAAAAAGGUUUGAAGGAGGAGCGGAAUUUUUGGAGGAAAGUUUUGAAGAGGGUCUUAGAUGUCUCCCUUAUGUUGGCAACAUGCAACCUUCCUUUUCGUGGAGACAGUUGGCAUAUCACUGAUAGAAAUAAAGGUAAUUUUCUAUCAUUGAUUGAAUUGCUGUCAAAAUAUGACACUAUCCUAGAAGAUCUAAUUACAAGGCCAAGUGGUACUGUUAAUUAUCUCAGUCCAACAAUUCAGAAUGAAAUUAUUUCUCUGAUGGCUAGUGAAGUGCUUAGUGGAAUUAAAGAAGAGCUUUUGAGUGCGCCUUUUUUCUCCAUAAUUUACGACACAACACAAGAUGUAAGUAAAGUAGAUCAGCUAAGCGAAGUUUUUCGCUAUGUAAAGAUUGACCAUGACCAACUCGGAAAACCUUGUGAGUUGAGAAUUUGUGUGAAACGUUUACAUGCAGUUACUGACCAAACCGCUUCGGGGCUAGAAGACGUCAUCAUAAAAUCAAUUUCAGAAAAAGGCCUUGACAUAACAAAAUGCAGAGGACAAGGAUACGAUGGUGCAUCGGUCAUGAGUGUCCCUGUGACAGUAGCCAAAGCAGAGAGAUCAUUCUCAAAAUUAAAACUCAUCAAAAACUACCUGCGAAGCUCCAUGUCCCAACAACGUCUCACUGAUUUGGCUCUUUAG